AUGGUUUUGCAGAUUCGGCGUCUGUAAGCACGCGGUCAAAAGCCGACUUCAACUCCAGUAGUAGAUUCGCUUGCACACAACUUCAGCCGCGAAAAUAUUCCCGAAACCUACCUCAAAACAAGACCAACGCGCUAUUUACCUAUUGCCGAAUAACUUGGAAUUUCAUAGGAUCGUAUUUUAUCGCGGAGAAAGAUGGCCUGGAGAGACAACCCAGAUAUCAAGAAACUCUAUGUUGGCGGCUUGAAAGAGGAAACGACCGAGGAAAACAUCAGAGAACAUUUUCAACAAUACGGCGAGAUCACGGAGUUAAACCUUGUCAGGACGCCUGAAGGCAAGUCCAAAGGUUUCUGCUUCGUAAGUUUUAGCGAUUCAGACUCCGUCGAUAAUAUUUUGUUCAACUUCGAAUCGCAUUCUUUGGAUGGAAAGAAGAUUGAGGUAAAACGAGCUAUUCCACGGGGUGACACAAAUCCACUUGCUCACGUCCGGACGAAAAAGCUGUUCGUUGGAGGUCUAAAAAAUGAGCAAACCGAAGAAGACAUCAAGACUGCUCUUGCUGAAAUGGUUCCCUUCCCUCCCGAAAGCAUCAAACUUAUGAAGGACAAAAUGACCAACAAAUUCAAAGGCUAUGCCUUUGUCAACUUCAACAACGAACACAUUGUGGACAAACUAUACAUCAUCCGUAAAGCUGAGGUGGCAGGCCUCCCAGUUGAGCUGAAAAAGGCGGAGGAAUUUGGUGGUGGAGCAGGUGGUGAGAGAGGAGGGCGUGGUGGCAGAGGGGGUAUGCGAGGUGGAGGAAGGGGUGGAUUUGGAGGGAGAGGGGGUAGAGGUGGAGGACGUGGUGGCAGAGGAGGAGGGGGUUAUGGUGGUGAUGACUACAGUGGGGCUGGUUACGAUGGUGGCUGGGGUUAUGAAGGGUAUGGCGGAGAUGGUUAUGGCAGCUAUGGUGGCGAUUAUGGUGGAUAUGGUGACUAUUCUGGUUAUGGUGGUGGUUAUGGGGGAGGGUACGACUACAGUACUCAGGAGCCUUCAGGUUAUGGGCCCAGUCGUGGUCGCGGUGGCAGAGGACGUGGAGGUGGUGGCGGUUACCGGCCUUACUAAGCUUAGCAGUAUUUUAUUCCCAACCAUUCCACAAAAUAGUGACUCUAGCAAGCCUGAUAAGCAUUCUGUCUUACAGGAUUUUGUAUCUACAGACAUUCAUUGAGCAGUUAAACAAUUGACUGAUGCUUAAUAAUGCACUUCUAGAAGAAUUCCAAAGUUUUGCUACUUUUGUUUUUAAUGUAAAUACCAUAAGCAGUACAAUAGUGUUUUGGGAUAUAUUCAACACCAGUGAGGAUUAUACAUUAUGCUUGUUGUGAUAUGGCAAACUAGUGUUUUAGCUGCAGAAAACAUGUUGAGGCAUUUUCUCAGAUUUUAAGUAAUAUAGUUUUUAGUGAUGUGCAAUUGGGUUUCUUCAGUAAUUUCCAUUACGAGUCUCAUUACAUUUUGUUCUGUAAUUUUUGUCCAACUUUUGUUUCAAUAAACCAGAUUUUGAAUAUAA